GCUUGAUGAAUGGUUUCUGUAAACUGCUUCAAUGGCAGAUUAAGUAGUAUUGAAAACUUGUUAGAUAACUAAAUAUGACCACAUUCGUCUUGCAGGGCUCAGCAUAACUACCCUUGAACUCUGCAGCUAGUUGCCUUUUCUGUCCAUCAGCCUUCCCCUGCAGCUCUCCUAUUUGUGAUAUUCCAUCCUGUGUCAUUUGCAAAGGCCUUAAGUCUGAUGGAUUGGAAUGUAUCCAAUAUUCACCCUACUCAGAGUAGACCCAUUGAAACGAAUGGCUGUGACUGAGCUUAGCUCUGUCCAUUUCAUAUGGAUAUCACCUGACAAUCUCUCUUGCAGACUUUGCAAGUUCAAGGUGACUUAUUCCAAGAAGAGAUCUGGAGCCUAUUAUUUCUAAUCUCCACCUCCUCGCCUUUCUCUCUCUGCCGGCUCCUCCUGAGCCAAUCAGGGAGCUUCCAGGGCUGGGUUUGAGGGGCUCCUCCCUCCCAAAGUGCAAAAUUACACCUCUCUUUCCUAAGCCUCACUCUGUAAACAGCAGAGCCCUUUGCUUUCAUGUGUGCAGCGAUUAAAAAGGGGGAAAGGAAAAACAGAGGAGGAUUGUCGCUUACUCAGCAAAAGCUGGUUUAGAAAAUGUGGCCAGCUUCCAGAUUGCUGGGUGCAUUUGCAUCGAUGUGACUGAAGGGCUUCACUGAGCCUUCUCUCGCCUGCACAGCCAGGAGGUGCCCGGUAUUGACAUCUAAAAUUGCAGCAGGCUCCACAGUCCUGUAAGUUGCCGGCUGUUUGAAUUUGGGGGUGAGGGUGGUGGUUUCUUUUUUCCCCCUUUCCCAGAUUUUCUUUCUGUUUUGCUUCCUCCAACUUCAUGGUUCCGAGUUUGCUCCUUAGAACUGACAGUUGGCACAGGGACUCGCCUUCUGGACCCCUCUGCUGGUGGCUAAUUUUUUUGCAGGAAUAAAAAAAGUGCAGGGCCUGUCUGUGAUGAAGGGAUGAAUGAAUGAUGCAAUCCUGAACAGGCAAAGCAUCAGCAUCUGUCCUGAUGCAUGCAGGAUGUUCAGGAUGCCUCGCUGUGGGGUUCCUCUUUUCCUCUGAGGAAGGAUGGGUCAGAGAGAAGCUAAAUUCAAACUAUCAACAGUACUGGUUAGAAACAAACAGAAAUUUCAACUUCCAUAUAAAUUGUCUGAGGAUAGCAGGUAGAUCCUGAUUCUUAAUACUUAAGAACAGCUGGAUCAGACAAAAAGUCCCAUCUAGUCGAAUAGUGUCUAGCCAGACAAUCUUUCCAGGAAGCCCUCAAGAAGCGAUGGCGAUUCCAGUGAUUUGGCUGUCAGAGGUAUGCACUUUCUGACCAUGGAGGUUCUCUGAGUCAACUUUUGCCAACUUGGUGGCAUCCAGCUGUUUUGAACUACAACUCCCAUCAGCCCCAGCCAGCAUUCUGGCUGGGGUUGAUGGAAAUGUAGUCCAAAAUAGCUGGAUGCCCCCAAGUUGGCAAAUACUACAUUAAGCUAUUGUCACUAAAAGUUCUGUUAUCUUUUGUUUUCCAUUGAUUUUUCCCUAUCAUCUUUAAUUUUUAAAAGCUACACACAGUGCAUUCCUAACCAUCCUACUCAGAAGUAAGUCCCAACGAAUCCUGUGGGGCUUACUCCCAACAGGUAAGUAGGGUUAGGACCACAACCUUAAGCUACUUAGUUAAUUGCACACUGAGUGAAGAAAGCAGUUCAGGUCUUUUACCUACAAGAGUGAGUGCAUUAAAAGCCGAUCUGAGUGAGGUCAUCCGUGCCAGAGAGAAAACACAAGCUAAUGUGGAGGGGAGGCUUUUUAAAAGGAAGACUAUUCUUCUGGAAGAAUAAAUUAUGUAAGAGCCCUCCCAUUUCCCAAGGCUGCAAUCCUGUACUCAGUUAUGUAUGCACACAGAAGGGCCCUCUUGUUCCAGCGGGAAGCAUAUGAUGUAACUUGGUGUAGGAUUGCAACAUCUGUUUGUAUAUGCUCUCUUCUCACUGAACUGUUUGCCCUUCUCAGCCUUUCAGCACUAAGGACAAUGCCCCAGACUGGUCAGCAGUUCAGUGAGGGCAUAGAAAGUGUGGGGCAGGGGAGAUAUGGACACCCAGCAAACUGGGAUUCAUAAGUAGACCACGGAAUCACCCUGAUUACAGGAAGCCUCUCCCAGAUCCUUCUAAUUCCAAGCUUUCUGCAUACCAGGACCUACUUGCAUACAGGCUAUUUUAUGCCUCCACCAGGCCUAGAAACUUGGAGGUUUUCUUUUUAAAUCUAAAGUUCUCAGGAAGCUGGGUUUCUUCCAGGGGCAGACACCAAAUGCCGCACAGAAAGCUUGCAGCCUGGCUGGAAUCAGAUUUUAUGACUAGCAUGGUAUGACUUGUUUUCUGAAGAUAGAAAAGGGGGAAAUGAACACUUCUCAUGCAAUCUGUCAAAUGCAAAUCAUAAAUUGAAGUGUGCUGUAAUUACUGGUUCACUUCAGAAGCUAUUGUUGUUGUUGCUUUUUACCCAAGAUCUGGUCCCAAAGUGGUUUAUUUAUUAAAAUUAUUGUGUUCUUGUCCUGCUUGUGGGCUUCCCUUGAGGAAUCUGGCUGGUCCUUGUGGAAACCGGAUGCUGAGCUCACCCUUCCCAAACACCCUAUGCCAGAACAAGCAAACAAACAAAGCAAUCCAAUUCAUUCUCACUUCCCCCAUUCUGUUUUCUUCUUUCAUCCACACCCCUAGCAGACCAGGAAUGGGACCAUCACCUUGCUGCAACUACGUAGGUUUGGGUCUGGCCAGUAUCUUUGUGGGAGACGGCUUAGGAACCGCAUGUUGACCACCUUGGAUUUAUGACAGAAGAAAAGUGGGAUAUAAAUGUACAGAAAUAAACGAAAAUAUAGUGAAACCACAUAGCAAGAGGUGGUGACGCCCACUAGCUUGAAUGGAUUUAAAAGAAGGUUAGACAAAGGGUUCGUCCACGCUUCUGCUUGUUCCAUGCCUAGAAAGCAAGGGUCUACGAGGUUUUCUGUUUGCCCCACUGCUUGCCCCAGGAAAACCCACCCUUUACUGCUGGAUCAGAGCAAACGUCAAUCCGCAGAGAACCUGACUGAUGUUUGUUCCGAUUCAGUGGUAAGGAUCAGGUUUUCCGGGGGGGGGGGAGUGGUGAGAUGAGCAGGUGUGGACGAGCCCCAAAACAGAGCAGGAUAAGGCUAGCAAUGGCUACUAGCCACAAUGGCUACGUCCUACCUCUGAAUGCCAGCGAGACUGAUGGGAGUUGCAGUCCAAAACACCGGGGGAGGUGGCAGGUUUGUGAAGUCUGUCCUAAGGUCCUUUCUACGAAGGCAUAGAUAAUAAUAGUGAUGCAAAGCGCUGACCCCAAACCACAUCUUUUUAUUACUGUGUUAAUAAUAAUGCUUCUUAUUUCUACAAAUCACAGCCUGUGACUUUUUGUAACAUCUCUGUGUGCCCCGUGAAAUCCUGAUCCUGCCCAACUCAGGGAGACACCAAACUAAAUGCAACCCACAAUCCAUGGAUCAUGGCCAUUGAAGCGGUUGGCAGUUUUCCUCUUAUCAUAAUCCCAGGCAGCCAGCAAAAAUUGGGAGGGGAUUAUCAUGGUCCUGGUUGGCCAUUGGACAUGGCUGUAGGAGCAGCAUAUAGUUCGGUGGGUUGCGUUGGCUCUUGCUAUUGCCUGCAAGCUCCUACUUUUUCCAUAUACCGUUAGCUGAGUUGCUUUUGAUGCCACAGAAUACUCCUACACAUCCAGAGUUCUCAAGGGAAAGAUCUGAGCCGAAGGGUGUUGACAGUGCAGUUGCUGUGAAGGAAGUUUAGGGAAAGGACCAUUUGGAUAGGAGAGGAAAAAAUCCAACAGGACUUAGGGGUAGGAGGGGCUGGCUGCUGUUGAUAGAAAGGAAGGUUUGGGGAUGGAUGAGCAGGAAGUGAAGGAAAAGAAAGUCCAAAAGAAUUGCAGGGAAACUACAAUUGGAUUCAUUUGCAUAUUGGUCAUAUGCAACCAUGUCUAAAGGUCAAUAUGAAAUACAGUUCAUGAAACUGCAUUAUCUGCGUACGCUUUGAAGCCAGGUGUGCAUUUCUAAAAUGAGAAGAGCCUUGCUUGUAAAUUUCCUGAAGCCAUAGCCUCCACUUUGCAAAAUCUCAAAAGUUUUUUGUAUACACCAGCUAGGGCUGAUGGGAGUUGUAGUCUAACAGUAUCUGGAAGACACCAGGUUGAUGUUAACCCUCAAUGUCCAUGUUUGGAAAAAUGAAAAAUCCAGACUCAUGGUUCUGACUGAGCAGCAGGACCUGUUAAGUCUCCAUAAGCUUCUCAACUUUUGCAAGAAGGAUUGGCUUGUUGAAGAAGGUCCUCUUGCAAUAUGUUUGGGGCCAACGUCACUUUCUGGCAACCUCAUCCUUGCCUUGCAUCAUACGGUCCUGUUGCAACCUAGCCUUGGACGGUGGGCGUUACAUCAUGAUUUGAGGACAUUAUGACGCAGAUGCCUUGGCACUGCCCUCCAGGGUCGCUCUUUCAAAACUGGCAGCCCAGCACAGAGCUCUGGGUUCUGGUUGGAUGUUCAGCCUUCCUUAGGGCCUGGAAAAAACCUCAGGUAGCUGGGCCUGUUCCAAAGAUGUCAACACGUGCCUUGCUCACUCCAUUGUGCAAUGAUGCGUCACAGUGCAAGGUGUCCCAGCCCUGCCCCAAAGUCAAAGCUCCCUCCUCCCGCCCCACUACAGCUCUGCCUGGCUCAGAACCAACAGGCAAGUCAAGGCUGCAAAGCAGGCUGAGGCCUACCAGGACAGAGUCUGUCUGUAUCCAUACCACAACAAAUGUAAACCUCCUUUGUUCAUAGCUGCACCCUACCCAGGAAACCCUGAGAACUGCAGUGCACAUCUGGAGGGCAGAGUAGCACCCUCCAGAUGCUGCAGAAUCACAACUCCCAUCAUCACCCCUGUCUGUCAGCUGUGUUGUCUGCCGGGGCUGAUGGGAGUUGUGGUCCAACAACCACCAUGUUGCUUGCCCCUGUAUAGAAUUCUCAAGACCGAAAUGAUGCUUCAAAAUAUUCUUUGGACUUAGCUGUGGCAAUAAAAGUGGUGUGACAGCCAGUUCCUAGUCUGUUGUAGUGGUAACCGUUGUAUCAGGGUAUCAUCAAGGGGCAAUACAAGGGAACUGGAAGCCUCUGUCAGCCUUUCUCAAGCUUAGGGCCCCAUAUGUUGUUGGGCUACAACUCCAUCCCUGGCUACGAGGAUCAGGGGUCAGGGAGUUGUAGUCCAACAAUAUCUGGGGACCCCAGUUUGAGAAAGGCUGCUCUAGGUACAUGGGUAGUCGGCGUGGGGCCCUCCAUAAGUUGUUGGGCUACAACUGACAUCACCCCUGACCAUUGGGAAAUGGAGUCCAACAAUAUUUGGAGGGAAUCAUAUUGGCUACCCCUACUCUUAAGAAUAUUCCCCAGGCAAAUGUCAUCCCUGGGGGACUUAGUGUGGAGGGCUGUCCCGCCUUCAUCCCUGGGGUGUUUAUAUAGAAGGGGGAGAUACCUGAUUUAGUUCACAUUUAAAAGUGAAUGUACCUAAUUUGCAGGGACGCGGGUGGCGCUGUGGGUAAAACCUCAGUGCCUAGGGCUUGCCGAUCGCAUGGUCGGCGGUUCGAAUCCCCGCAGCGGGGUGAGCUCCCGUCUUUCGGUCCCAGCUCCUGCCCACCUAGCAGUUCGAAAGCACCCUUAAGUGCAAGUAGAUAAAUAGGUACCGCUUUAUAGCGGGAAGGUAAACGGCGUUUCCGUGUGCUGCGCUGGUGCUGGCUCGCCAGAGCAGCUUCGUCACGCUGGCCACAUGACCCGGAAGUGUCUCCGAACAGCGCUGGCCCCAGGCCUCUUAAGUGAGAUGGGCGCACAACCCUAGAGUCGGACACAACUGGCCCGUACGGGCAGGGGUACCUUUACCUUUACUUAAUUUGCACUUUCUGAAACAAAAUGUGAACCAAUGCACAGCCAUGUUUUACAAUUCACACUUUCCAAAAUAUUGCAAUGCAGUUUUCCAGUCAAGUAAUGUGUACAAAAAUACAUGUACUGGAGUAAAGUAUACAUAUAAGUGCAUAUAUUAGUGGAAAUAACAUUUUUACAGUAUUUUAUAAGGGGAAUUGUUCUGCAAAAAUGUGCUUUCUUUGGGCAUCCUUUGUGGCACCAAGGUGUGUCUGGCACCUUCGCUAUACAGCUUUCAUCCUAUGCUGAAGACGCACCUCUUCACCCUGUCCUUAGACAACUGAUAUAAAUUUAAGAUCCACUCUAUUUAUGACUGUAAUUUAUUUUUAAGCUGUUUUUACGUUGUUGUGAUUAUUUGAUGAAAGCAUUUGCACUGUGAUUGCAGGGGGUUUGGAUGGCAGUGAAGACAGGAGAGGAGGCAGCCAGCACUGGAGUGAAUAGCAUUCUCUUCCAAGAGGUUCACUAAAUGCCAAAAUCUCUUAUUUGACUCUUUACGUCAGUGAAGGCAGCAGCUCCCGGAAGGGUUAACUCAGCCAGGGAGCCAACCUUGACUGAUUGCCCACUCCUGCGCUGCCCCCAUGGCCAGCAAAUCAGCAGCCACUUCCGCCCCCCUUUACUGCCACCCACUCCCUCUCAAAAAGGAGUCACACGGCUUGCUUCUCCCUCUCUACACCAAGCUACCAGCCCCACAGGACCCUCUUCCAAGAUGGCUCAACACAGGGUUCAGUGUGCCGAUAUCCAGAACGACCUCAUCUUCCUCUCCCACAACAGGAAACCCAUCAAAAGGAUGUCCUCUCUUAUGGAGCUGAAGGAAGUCUUCCAAAACGCUGAUGCUGUCUGCUUUGAUGUGGACAGUACAGUCAUCAAAGAGGAAGGCAUUGACGAGCUGGCGAAAUUCUGCGGCGUCGGAGACGCAGUGGCCGAAAUGUACGUAAGGCUGUCUCUCAUUUGCUUCUGCAGAGAUCUGUCCCCUCCCUUCCCAAGGGGCAAAGGCAUUGAGCUCCAUCCCCGACCCGGAUCCUGCCAUACCUGAUACCAGCUGGCUGUUGGGGAAGCCUUUUUUGUAAGCAGGCUAGUGAGAAUUUGUAAAGGCAAGUCUUUGGGGUGGGGGACCUAAAUGCAAGAAUGAACAUUUGGGGGAUGCUGCUGAGAAGUGGCUCAGAGACACCUCUGGGCCUGGCCUCUAUGGCAUCCUUUUAGGACAGGAGCCUCUUGUGGGGGGGGGGCAAGCUCUGAGGCUGAGCAUGGACCAAUACUGGCAAACCUUGUUACCAUGCAUUAGGCAGAAAAAGCAGCCAAUCCUUGCAUGUUUGUGUAAGGUGUAAUGAAGUUGCUUUAAAAACUUGCCCCUUUUUUGCACUUAGACUCUGACUUCUAUGUGUUGUGAGGCUCUACAGUGGUUUCCCAUCUACAUUCUGGACCAAGUCCAUACCUCCUUAGCUCUGUCACAAGGUUAUGUGAGCAGAGAGCACUUACCAACUUCCUUUCCCUGGCAUACUGAACGAGCAAGCAACCAUCCUUCUUUCCCAACCAAUCAGGAAUCUUCUCUCCAACCUGAAAAACUUGUCUGCCUGUGGUUCAGUCUGAAACUCCUGGCAGGCCUGAGGUUGGUUUAGCUCAACCCUCCAGAUGUUUUGGGCUACACUUCCCAUCAGUCCCAGCUAACAUAGGAGGUGUCAUCCAAAACAUCAGGAUGGCAUAAAGGUUUGGGAUGGCAGGCUUAGUGGAGCCAUUCUGUACGGUGACCCCAAACCAUAGGAAACACCACUAGAUCAUGUGCUUCCACACAUUUUAGAGUUUCACAGAACUCAUCAGGCAGAAUGGAAUUCAGCAUUUCCUGAUUCACUUGGGAUCCAGCUGGCUAAAUCUUCACCCCGCACAGCAGCCCCUAGGAACCCACCUUGAUUUCUCCAUCUGGGACUGAUAGGAGUUGCCAUCCAAAUCAUCUGAAGUGUUUAAGGCUGAUUUGGGCACUAUAGCUGCAGAUUGAUGCUGUCGCUCCCUCCUCCUCUAUCAAUUUAAUCCUCUUUUAAGGCCAUCUAACGGUCAAAAUGACCGUGCCAUUAAUGGGCUACAUGUGUAGUUUUAAACAUGUAAAUAGCAGCAGCAGAGGAUCAUGACUGAGACUGCAGUAAACACAGAUGGGUUUUUUUAAAGGGGGGCAGGGAGGAGCAGCUCCCCCCCAAUACAUAAAAAUACAUAGCUAACUGAGGUUCUGCCCCCCCCCAAAAAAAUACUGGCUAUGCCCACGAAGGUGGGCAGCCCUUGAUCUGAUCCAGCGGCCAUUCUCUUAAAUGAGGAAGUGAAGCAGACUUCAUUUUACCUUGACAUAGCAUAACUGCUUGUGUAUGUAAAGCAAACACACACACAGCUGGAUGGCUUUAUUUUUGCCCUUAAAAAGCCUGGUCUGUAUUUCUCUGAUUUCUCUGAAUCUCAAUUUAGGACUCGAAGAGCGAUGGGUGGCACUGUAACGUUCAAGGCUGCUUUGACUGCCCGGCUAGGCCUCAUCCGCCCCUCCUAUGAACAAGUGCAGAAAUUGAUAUCGGAGCAUCCGCCCCAGUUAACACCGGGAAUAAGGUAAGAGGCAUUCUGAGCAGUUGGACUCCAUGUCCAUCCAUGGAGACGUCUUCCACAUUAUCUCCUCCUCAUGGGUUAUGAUUCCUGAAGAAUUGGCUGUAGCGACAUUUGAAGCGGGUAGGGAGGAUCAAAGACCUACUGUACAAUUACAAAUUCCACCGUCUUAACCAGGCAAAAAGAGGCUGGAAGGCGUCCUGUUCAGUGGAGGAAACCUGUAUCUGUCUUUCUCUUUCCCAACACUGUUUGGGACACACUUGUGAGAGAAAGGAGCCACUGAACUGCAUCAGGGAUUCCUCACCUUGUAGUGAGACCCCUCUGCAAGAAACAAUUGUGAAAACUAACAAAAGGGAGAACGUGUGGUUCCAUUCUCCUGGCAUCUAAUGCCCCCUUUGUUUGCUCCAGUUAGCUUUCAGCAGCAGAUGCUCCCCAGUCAAUUGCACCCCAGUCCUUAUGGGUCCCCGAGAAAAGCCUGACAAUGUAGAAUUGGAAGGAACAAAAUGGGGGGGAGGGGAGUCAUUCAGCUCCCUGCGUGUAAGCAAGACUCUUCUUCACUCACCAACAUCCUAUCUAAAAUGGCUCAGCAUAGAGGAAGACCUGUGAGGAAGUCCAUGGCCACUUACUUUCCUGGGCCAUUCAUUUAUUUGACGCCUGUUACUGAGCCUGGAAGCCUUUCUUGCACUGUGCUGCAGCUGUGUGUGAAGGGGGUGGAGGCAGGGCAGAAGGCAAAAGAGAAGCAUCUUAAUGAAUCCUUGGUCACCCUCUCCUGUUCCUCACAGGGAACUAGUCAACCGGCUCCACCAGCGAGGUGUCCAGGUCUUCUUAAUCUCCGGGGGGUUUCAGAGCAUCGUGGAACACGUGGCUUUGCAGCUCAACAUCCCAACAGCAAACGUCUUUGCCAACAGGUUGAAGUUCUACUUCAAUGGUAAGCUUUACCAGGCAGGCUGAGUGCAGGGCUCUCUACUGGGCCCUUGGACUCUCCCCCUUGCUGCUUUGCACUCUUAAGUGUUUUCUACCUUGCUGGAAUGUGUCCUUGAACUCUGUAUGCACAGCAAUAUCAAAACAUCUGAAAGCAAUUCAACUGAUGCUUUUAUGUUGAUGCAGGUGCCCUGAUGUUUUGUGAGAGGGCAGUAUAUAAAUACUUUUAUAAAAAAGAUAAGAUUAAAUAAUGCUUCCUGCUUGCCUGGACGGAGGAUAGUAAGUGGUGCAGGAAUGAGUACAGAAACUAGUUUACAGUACUGUAUAAAUUUAAAUUCACUACCCUGCCCUGUUUUUUGCCUCUGACCUGUGGUUCCCAGAAUAUUGCCUGGAAGGGACUGUGUGUCUCUUGGCCCAAAAAAGCUUCCCAGAUUGAAAAGAAGCAAAGUGUCACCAAUGACCUGCUGCUUCUGAUAAGCCCCCCGUUUGCCCAGCUGCUUUGGAAAGAACUGUUCCUUCCCAUGGUUAAGCUUUAACUCUCAGAUGCACUGGCACAGAGGAGGGUCAAGAAGUUCAGCUCUGAGAGAGUCAGCACAUUGAGAGACGGGUCUCUUAUCCACCAAGUGGGUUGUGCAGCUUGAUAAAUCAGCUCUUCAAGGUGAAAGAUUUUGUCAGCUAACGAUAGCACAGCUUUGCAGCCAAACUCAACUUUCAGGGUUGCCAGGAUAAAUAGGGUCGCUCAAGGGACACGUCUGAAGCUAAGCUUUGGCAGAAUUCCUCAGGAUUGCCCACUGGAGGAAAAAGAUGGGUGGAUCUCUUACUAUAUGAAUGGUUUUUAGGUUGCUGGCUUUGGUGAAAGCCCUCUAUCAACAAGAUCCAAAUAAGGUUAUUUGGACAUGACAUUGCCCCUUCCUUCACAGCAUGUAGAAGGUCCACUCUGGAAGAUUUAUUUGAAUGUGGAAUAUCCUUUACCAUGAAUCUUGAUGGGACUGAGAGUGUGGGAGCCAAAGGGUGUGUGUGUGUGUGGAAAUAGUAGUUCCCCAAAUUGCCCUUAUGGAGCUAUAAAGCCAAAAUACCCUACACUGGUGUCAGCAAGGAAGGUUUCCACAUCAGAGGGUACAUCUCCCAGAUAUUGGAAAUUCUGUGAAUUGCCCUGAGAUGGAAGGGCAGUAUAUAAAUCUAAUAAAUAAAAAUACAUAAACUAAAAAACAAACCCUUAGACUGAAGACGGUCAAUGCAGUACUCUCCUGGUGUUGUUGGACUACAAUUCCCAUCCUCCUUGGUCAUUGGCCAUGCUGAGUUUCAGGGUCCUAACAACAUCUGAAGGGCCACAGAUAUCCCCCAUCCUUGCUCUAACUUGUGGCAGGGUGGAAGAUCUGUGUACAUACACAAACAGGCAGAGAGAGAGAAGAUUCUGCUUUGCAAUAGAAUCCAUCUCCUAACCAGGACCGUGGAUCACUCUGCAAAAAUUCCUUCUGAUACACUGAACUGUCGCCCUCCCUCCUUCCAGAAUAGGGAGGGGAACCUGUGGCCCUCCAGAUGUUCCACCCCCAUCAUUCCUGACCACGUUGGCUAUGGCUGUUGGGAGUCGGAUUUCAGCAUCAUCUGGAGGGCACCAGGUUCCCCACCCUUGCCCUCCAGGGAUCCCCCCCCUCUCUUUUGCCUUCAAACAUUGACUUUCCUUGUGAUUCUCUAUGACUGACUUUCUCUCUGAUGUGCCUCUAGGAGAAUACGCCGGUUUUGAUGAGACGCAGCCAACUGCUGAGUCGGGUGGCAAAGGACAAGUCAUUAGUUACCUGAAGGAGCAGUUUCAGUUUAAGAAGGUGGUGAUGAUUGGAGAUGGAGCAACAGAUAUGGAAGCCUGCCCACCUGCAGUGAGUAGUGACUGUGGGGUGAUGGCAUUUGCCUUCUACCCCUUCCUCCGCUCAGCCCAGGGCUGCUUACUUGGGUUCUUCCAGCUAUUCUGUGGGGCAGGUUAAGCAGAGAAAAAGGGAGAGAGAGGCUGUCAAAAGAAAGACCACAGCUUAGUCAUCGAGCACCAGCUUUGCAUGCAGAAGGUGCUCCCAGGUAUGUCUCCAGUCUGAAACCUUGGUGAGCUGCCACCAGUCUGCUCUCUAGUAGUCUGACUCAGUAAAAGGUAGCUAAUGUUCCUAUGUUCAAAGGAUACCCUGUGAAUGAUGCUGUUGGAUAUGGAUUUGAAGCCAGGACUCCAAAUUCAACAGCUUACCCAAUAGUGAAUGGACCUCACUGGCUCAUAGGAGUUAGCUCAGAGUUGACUUCUGUAUGGUUGAUUCUUUCUGGCAUCAGAAUGCCCAGAAUUUGUGCAGAUCCACAAGGUUACCUUUCUGCAACCACAAGAAGGCCACCCAGCCUAGUCUCCUGGGAGGCAGAAUCACCUACCCAACCAGCCUCUCUGCCCAAACCAGUCUACUUUGUGAUUCAAAUUUCAAGCAACGUAGACGAGUCACAUAGCACGUCAUUGCAAGGCACCCACUCUACAGUUGCAGCCAGCCUGCCCUAAGGAACAGGAUCCUGAACUGGCUGGGCCUUUGGUCUGAUCUAAGCUACAGAGCUGUUCUGAUGUCCUUGUGAUAAAGAGCUCGUAUGGCAACGAGUCAGACCCUAAGCCUAAGCAAAACCAAUCUGUCACAUGUUCCUAAAGAAAAAUGGCACCUCUCCACUCCCCCAGCAUCUGGUUGCUGGAUGUGGCAACCCCAAAAGAAGCAAGGGGAUAGCAGGUAAAAAAUCAGGAGCGUUAAAACCCCCCACAAAAGUCUGCAUGUCUUCCAUAAGAACCAGACAAACGCUUGCUCCAGGUUAAUGAUUUCAGCUGCCUGUUAAUGAUUGUUUUGGAAUCUACCAGGGGAGGCGAAUCAGAUCCAAAUUAAUAGGUCAAGGCAGGCAGCCAAUGCAUCAAGAACUGGCAUCAAGGAGCACGACCAUGGCUGUUGCCCUGUGUUGCAAAGGCGUUUUCUAGCAAAAACCUAUUCAUCACAUCACAUGAUUGAUUAAAAAAAGGAGGGUGAUACUGUUGGCAGCAGCUUCUGAUUCAGAUUAUGCUGAGCCAGGAAAAGGUCACUUACCAAACCCAGCCAGGUUUCUGCAAGGAUUUGCAGGGAAUCUGCUUGGUUGUUAAUAAGAUGAAUUAGCUGAUUAGUUGGUUCUCUCUGAAUAGUCCAGCUGGGGCUGAUGGGGGUUGUAGUCCAAAAGCUCUGGAGGGCACCAGGUUGGGGAAGGUUGGGUUAGUCCACAUUCCCCAUCUGCCCUUACCCAUUGAUGCCUAAGCAGCUGCCUGCAACUGUUCUGCUUCCCCCAGGGUCUGACUUCAUCUCAUGUACUGCCAGGGGAUGGAGGAUGCCUUUCCACUCCAUCUCGCAUCCGCUUUCAUCCUUGACAAGAAAUCCUAGAAUAGCAGAGUUGGAAGGGACCCUGAGGGUUAUCUGUUCCAAAGCCCUGCAGUGCGGGAAUCUCAACUGAAGCAUCCAUGACAGAUGGCCAUCUAACCUCUCCAAUGGAGGAGAAAUCCCAAUAGUCCUCUGCAUUUUCUGAAAUGGAGACAUAACCAGCCCAUCUCUUCUUUUUUUAUGUUUCCCCAGGACUGUUUCAUUGGCUUUGGAGGCAAUGUUGUGCGGAAACAGGUCAAGGAGAAAGCCAAGUGGUACAUCACCCAUUUUGACGAACUGCUGAAAGAACUAGAGGAACGAUAAAUUAUGAACUAGGCUUAUUUUAUUAACACGUAUUGUAGCUAGAUGUAUAACUAUGCAAUUAAACAUAUUCUUAUUGUUGUUUGCAAACAGAGGC